AUGUUAAUACCUGAUGGCCGAUCUGUAAAGGAGAUGCAGCUGCGUGCCAAUAAAAUCAGAAGGCGUAAGGUAUUUCUUCGCACAUCGGAGGAUAGUGGACAUGAGGGUGCUGGAAGACGGCAUAUCUUGAGUCAGGCAUCUUACCUUAAAAGAACAAAGAUGCAUGAAAUGAAAAAGAAGAGAGAUGUAUUGAAGAGAAUAAACUAUAGUCACUUAUUGACUGUACUCAUUCUACCGUUGAUAGCGUUUACUUACUUGCUGUACUUUUCAGAACAAAUUUUACCAAGCAACAUCAAGACUAUUAUCUUUUCAUGCAUAUAUUAUAAUUUGACUAUGCUAGCGUUCAGUGCCGGUUACCAUAAGUACUUCUGUCAUAACACAUUUCGUACUAAAUACCUGAUUCUUCAAAUAUACUUUGCUAUGCUAGGAUCUAGUGUGGGUUUAGGUUCAAUCCGUGUUUGGGCAUCAUUACAUAGAGCCCAUCAUCAAUUCACAGACGAAACUGAGAGAGAUCCAUAUCUGAUUAAAAGAGGUUUUACAUGGGCUCAUUGGGGAUGGCUUUUCCAAAAGCCUAAAUCAUUAAGAUUUUAUGAUUCAUUUAUAGAACAAGAAUUCCCAAAAAACCAGAAACAAAAGUUGAAAUUGACGCAGAAAGACAUUGACUUACGGGAAGAUUUCAAUUCCGUUGAUCUUGAUGUAGAGGAUGGUGACUUUUUUGAUAACACCGGAUUAGAAACACAUGAUAUAGUAUUAUUGCAAGAGAGGUUUUACCUCCUUUCAUUCGUAUUCACAGCUUUGUUAAUGCCCGCGGUUGUAUCGCGAUAUAUUUGCAAUGAUACGUUCUUGAAUGGUGUGCUAUACCCCGGUAUUAUUCGAAUGUUUUGCUGUCAGCAAUCCUUGCUAAGUACUGAAUCAAUAUGUCACCUGAAAAAUGUGUUAUCUUUUCCCAGCCAGCCAUUUAAUGAUAAAAAUUCUUCACAAAACUGCAACAAUCCACUCAUAUCUUUAUUGACAUAUGGCCAGUCACACCAAAACUACCAUCACGAAUUUCCGCAUGAUUACCGCUCAACAUACUCAAUAUUUGCAUUUGAUCCCACAAAGUGGUUUAUUUCAGCUUUGGGUCUAAUAGGAGCAGUCGAUGAAAUAAGUAAAACACCUAUAGAGUUGAUUUUACAAUUGAAAGUGCAGCAGCAGCAGCACGUUCUUAAUAGACUCAAAACUCAGUUAAAUUGGGGAACACCUAUUUCGAAGCUUCCGCUAAUUUCGCUAGCUGAAUUCAAAAAAAUAAGCGCUUCUGCAGCUCAUACGGAUCGAAUCUAUAUUAUUAUUCAAAAUAUCAUUCAUGAUAUCACUCCUUUUAUGUACCAGCACCCUGGUGGAAUUCAACUCCUUCGAGCCUCGAAUAGAAAGGAUGCUACCAAGGCAUUUUAUGGAGGAGUUUAUGGGCAUCUGACGGCUGCAAUUAAUUUACUAGCAACUAUGAGAAUAGGUAUACUUCACGACGGUAAUGAAGAGGAGGUUUGGAGAAGAGUGGCGAGAGAAGAAAGAGAGGUUGAAGAGCCUGGACUGGGACGACAAGAUGGACUGUAUAGAACAGCUGAGGCUGCUUAA